AUGUAUGAGCAUGACCCAGGGCUGGCAUCUGACAACAGACCUGUAAUCAUCUCAGCAGGGUUUUCUCUUUCCUUGCUCAAUAAUGCAGGAAGCAUGCUCACAACCAGGACAGAGAAUCCAGAGACUUUACCCUGCCCUGGGCCAGGCAAAGCACUGAGCCCCGUGCUCAUGUGUAAGGUGUGUGGAGACACCAGCAGCGGGAAGCACUACGGGAUCUAUGCCUGCAAUGGCUGCAGUGGCUUUUUCAAGAGGAGCGUGAGGAGGAAACUCAUUUACCGGUGCCAAGCAGGCACUGGAAUGUGCCCGGUGGACAAAGCACACAGAAAUCAGUGUCAGGCCUGCAGGCUGAGAAAGUGCUUGCAGGCUGGAAUGAACAAAGAUGCCGUCCAGAAUGAGCGGCAGCCCCGGAGCACAGCCCAGGUGCGCCUCGAAGGUAUCGACUUCGAUCCUCACCUCAAGCCCGAGCAUCUUGCCACCACCCACGAGGCCCCUCCGUCCUCCUGCCCCUCCCUGCAGGGCCUCCGGGGCCCCAUUUCCUCCGCUGUCUCUGCACUUCCAGGCCCGAGAGCCCUGUCCCCGCCCAGCAACCACCGCUUCAUGGCCAGCCUGAUGACCGCUGAGACCUGUGCCAAGCUGGAGCCUGAGGACGUUGAUGAGAACAUCGAUGUCACAAGCAAUGAACCUGAACGCAGCGCAACAGACUACCAGAUGUCCCCAUAUCCCUCCGCCAGCCCUGAGAGCGUCUACGAGACCUCAGCACGCCUCCUCUUCAUGGCCGUGAAAUGGGCGAAAAAUCUACCCGUCUUCUCCAACCUGCCUUUCAGGGACCAGGUGAUUUUGUUGGAAGAAGCUUGGAGUGAGCUAUUCCUUCUCUGUGCUAUCCAAUGGUCGAUGCCUUUGGAGAACUGCCCUCUGCUCUCUGUGCCAGAACUGUCCCCAAACGUCCACGGCAAACUCGUGUCGACUGGUGUGGAUAUUCAGAUCCUCCAGGAAAUCGUAACCCGCUUCAAGUCUCUCAGUGUGGACCCCACAGAAUUUGCCUGUAUGAAGGCUAUCGUCCUCUUCAAACCAGAAACCAGGGGACUAAAAGACCCGGAGCAGGUGGAGAACUUGCAAGACCAGUCGCAAGUGAUGCUGGGACAACAUAACAAGACUCAUUAUCUUAGCCAGCCGGUCAGGUUUGGGAAAUUGCUUUUGCUUCUGCCUUCCCUGAGGUUUAUUUCUUCCGAUCGCAUUGAACUCCUCUUUUUCCGCCGAACCAUUGGGAACACACCCAUGGAGAAACUCCUCUGUGACAUGUUCAAAAACUAAUGCAUCUCUCAUUAUCCCCUUCCCUUCUCUGGGCUAAGAGGGAAGAAUUGGAGACAAAGCCCUUUCGGUUCUGGUUUUCGGUUUUCACUCGAACAAGCCCAAAGUCUGAGCGAAAAUCCUGGAAAGUUGCCCAAGUCAUUCAAUAGUCUCCCCUCCCCCUCCUCAUCCCCUCCUCCUCCAGCUGGGGAGGAAGAAUAGAACUCAUCUCCACUUGACAAGCUCCAGAAAGGCGAAAAAGGAUUUCUCCACUAGCUUUCAAGUCUCUGCACGAAGCGCUCAGUCCAGCUCACCUACUUUUGAACCCUCCAUGCUGACUGGGUGGCCACCUUACUCCAUUGAAUCAACAGAACUACAUUGGAUUUUUAUGGUUUUCUGCCCCUAAAGAAGAACAUAGCUUAAAGUCCGAGUAGCACAAGAAACCUCUUUGCCAGAUACAGUUGGAGGACUUUGGUUUAGGGCGUGACCUCAGAGGAUGAUCGAAGCUGUCGCUCAAAACCCACCACUCUAUUCUUAAAAUAGCGAUUAUGGAGGCCUGUGAAUUUGAAGAAAUAAAACCAGGGGCUGCCACUCAGCAGCCUAAUUCUCAGCCAGGAGGUAAAUCAUCUUUCCCUUUCAGAACUAAAAAGUCUUCGAUUAAAACCAGGAAAGAAUGGAGUUGGGAAAGCAUCAGAUUCAAUGCCAACUGAAGAGUAAAACUCCUUAGUAUCUUACAGUCUCCGCUACAAUCCCAAGAAAAGGCACUUUGGCAUUAUUCUUAAGAAACCCGGCCACAUCUUGCUCCGUUUUAUCUCUCAGAAAUAUAGAUCUCUGUUCUGAUAACAAGGAAGGGCUGGCUCCAAUAAUCCAAGG